GUAUGCCGGAGCUCCAGUCUAGAUCACCUCAGUGCAACGACAGCCAGCAGAGCGAGCGGUUCAGUUGGGUCGGGUAUCCAGAGAAGAAACAUUAAGAAGAAACAUAAGCCGGAACUAUGGACAGCAAGCAGCCUCCACCGUACAGUGAGCAGUCCGGAUACACUCCCGCGCAAACCUAUCAGCCCGGUGGUCCCACCCAGCCACCACUAUACCCACCGAUGCCGCAGCCACCACAGGCCUCCACGGUGAUCAUCCAUACCACCACGAGCUCCAACCUGGUGCCCAUCGGCAGUGGGCCCACCCGGAUCCGCUGUCCCUCCUGCCACGCCGAAGUACUGACCACUGUGAAGGCCACUCCCUCCGGCAGGACGCACUGCUGGGCCCUCAUCCUGUGCCUGUUCAUUUGCUGGCCGUGCGUGUGUCUUCCGUACUGCAUGGACUCCUGCCAGAAUGCCAACCACUACUGCCCCAACUGCAGUGCCUACAUCGGCACCUACGAGAACUAACCAACUAACCUCUGUUUAUGCAUAUAUAUGUACCUAUAGAAACCCCUAAGCACUAGUGUCAUAGCCCAGUGAAAUUGAACUGUAAAUAUACGAACAUUAAACUCAUGAGACUCACACAGGAAA